GUGCUUGUGGGUGCCCCAGUGCGGCGGCUGCUCAGCCCGCCCGGCCGUCCCGCUCGACGAAACUUUGCCCUCCGCCGACCCCCGGUAGGGAUCGGGGGGCUGCAGCGGGCAGCCCCUAUCGGGAGGCUGGCAGGAGCCCUCUUCUCCUCCCUUCGUAGGCAAGGGGGUUUCUCUGAAGUUUAGCCUGUCAGAGAAGCUUUAGGAGGCGGUGAGGAUCCUACGCUGGGCAACUAAACUUUCGUAAGAUCUGGCAUUGCUUGGAGACUGGUUACUGGUACUGUAACAGGCACUGCCACUUACCGUUGCGUUUUUUCUUAAUUAUUUUCUGAUCUCCUUAGCAACUGAAGUAAUUUGCAAGGUUUAAACUAGGGUGCAGCGUGAUUUACAAAGGCACAUGGCAAAAAAGGAUGCAUUUGUUGUUUUACUGGUGCCUAUUUCCCUUGUACUCCCUCAAGAGAGGUAAGAGCUGCAGAGUGUUGACUUCAUGUAGCUGAUACUGCCGUAAACAGACUGCUGAUGAUUAGUCCAACUCAGGCUCCGUGCAAUUAGCACGAAGCUAACUGCACAUACAAUCUGUGGCAAGAAGCACUGGGAGACACCUAAGAGGCAAUGACAAUGUCUUUAACCUGGUGGACAAUUCCUACUCAACUUGGAGUUUUUAAAGUGAACUGCAGAGGACUGGCAUGCCUCUUGGUCUUCACAAUGAGCGUUUGUGGCAGUGCCCCGGGGAUGUGCCCAGCAGCCUGCAUCUGUGCCAGUGAUAUCAUAAGCUGCACCAAUAAGAACCUCUCUCGAGUGCCAGGAAGUCUUUAUAAAUGUAUGAAAAGGCUGGAUCUGAGUUACAACAGAAUUGGGUUUUUAGAGCCUGAAUGGGUCCCAGCACUGUUUGAGAAACUGAACACUUUAAUAAUCAAUCAUAAUAGCAUUAGCAGCAUUAUCACUGGAAGCUUUUCCACAACCCCAAAUCUGAAGUACCUAGACUUGUCUUCCAACAGCCUGAAGACGCUGAGCAGCCCCGUGUUUCAGGAGCUAAGGGUGCUGGAGGUUCUCCUGCUGUACAACAAUCAGAUUACACAAAUAGAGCCCCCAGCCUUUGGAGGAUUGUACAAAUUACAGAAACUGUACUUAAGUUAUAACUUGCUCUCACAUUUCCCACUGGACUUGUACACUGGAAAACAUAAGCUGACAGACCUUGUGUUGCUGGACAUUUCCUUUAAUCACAUCCAGUUGAUGCCUGUUCAGCGCCUGAGUUCAGUGCCGGCCAAACAUCUUAGUGGAAUUUAUCUUCAUGGCAACCCAUUUUAUUGUGACUGUAUGCUGUACUCCAUGCUAAUCUUCUGGUAUCAGAGGCACUUCAGUUCGGUGGUGGACUUCAAAAAUGAGUACACCUGUUUGUUGCAGUCAGACCCAAAAGGUUACAAUAAACUGCCUUUACUGCACGAUAACUUCCUGAAUUGCUCUGAAAGCACCGUCAACAGCUCUUUCCAAGCCUUUGGGUUUAUUCAUGAUGCCCAGGUUGGUGACAGGCUGAUUGUACACUGUGACAGCAGAAUCAGUGAUGCGGGCACACACUUUGUUUGGGUUAGUCCCGACAAUAGAUUGCUGGAGCCAGACAGGGAGACCAACAACUUUAAGGUAUUCCGUAACGGCAGCCUGGAGAUAACUGAUGCCCAGCUAGAGGACUCAGGGCUGUAUUCCUGCAUCGCAAUAAAUAAGAAAAGACUAUUAAAUGAGACCAUAGAGGUUAGAAUAAAUGUUAGCAAUUUCACAGUGAAUAAGUCCCAUGCUCAUGAAGCAUUUAAUACAGCUUUUACCACCCUUGCUGCCUGUGUAGCCAGUAUUGUUUUAGUACUGCUGUAUCUCUAUCUGACCCCAUGUCCAUGUCAAUGUAAAGCAAAAGGGAGGAAGAGGAAGCUGAACCAAAGCAGUGCCCACUCAUCCAUACUGAAUUCCACACUGCCACAAGAGCUGCCAGCUGAUGAGAAGAAGGCUAGUACUGGUAAACGGGUGGUUUUCCUGGAACCCGUGCAUGAACCAAAACACAGUCAGAACGGGAAAGUAAAACUGUUUCCUAAUGACAAUAUUAUUGCUGAGAGUAUCUUAAAAACAACUCGAACAAAAUCUGACUCAGAUUCUGUCAACUCUAUGUUCUCAGAUACACCUUUCAUGCCGUCAGCUUAGUUUGCUGCCUGUGUUUGUAUUGUGCAGUUACAUUUCUGAAUACCUCCUUUGUUUGUAGCAACCAUCAGGAAAAAAAUAAAAAGAAAGAAAAUGUUUUAAAGUAA